UUUUUUAAAUAAAAAUAACAAAAAAUCAAAUUGAAAAUUAGAGUAAAAAAAAAACAAAAACUAAACACUCCGACUCAUUGCAGUCAAAAUAUAGAACGUGAUCAAGUUUGACAAAAAAAAAAAUAAAAAUAAAUAAACAACAAAAAAAAGUAAACAAACUACAAAAAAUGUGCCAUCAAAUUACUUCACAAAGUGUCGGAAGCGGUAGGAGGAGCCACUUCACCAGCUGCCAUCUCAACAGACAACUCCUGCUGGUCAUCAUGAUGCUGGCCAGCUUCCUGCCCUUCAGCCAGGCCAGGCAUCUGCACGAUCAGGUGGCCGCCCUCGACUAUGCCACCUCCUUCGAGGACGACAGCUCGGGCCGGGAGCGAGAACGGGAGAGGGAUAAUGCCGCUGCCGCCGCAGCAGCUGCCAUUUUAGCCUCGUGGCGCCAGCAUGCGAAUCCUUUUCACGGCCUGGCCGAGAGCUUCGGCGAAGGAACCUACGACAGCAGCAGCAGCAGCAGCAGCAGCGACAGCGGCGACUUCGACAGCAGCAGCAGCAGUAGCAGCGAAAUGGGUCUCAGUGAGAACAGUUACGAGGAGAUCGCCCAGGCUGCUCUGCGUGCCGCUCGACAGACCAAAAGGGAGCUCCAUCGCCGCCAAAGGACACGCCACGCCCGCAGCCACAACCUUCGGCUGUUCAGCGCCCCCAACCCCCAGAUCCCGGAGUGGGAGAACCCCUGCGGUGGUGUCUACCAGCCGGGGGAUAGCUCCAAUCAGGAGGACAGCUCCAGUCAAGGACGAGUGAUCAAGCGCAGGCAUCUCCUCGCCCUGCGGAAUAACACGAUGAGCGAGUACCGCGACAUCCGGAGCCGGGCCAAGUUGGAAUACCGCGACUUCCAGCACUGGCAGCACGAGUACAAAUUCCUGCCGAACAUGACGCGUUCCACCGGAGCUGUUAAACUAAAGACCUGGUACCGCAGCAUGCAGACCUUCGUUGGUAGCUUUGCGUAUUUGGGAAAGGCCCAGUACAAGUACCGGAAGGAUCACCAGCAGAGCCUGGACGCCGUCACCAAUGAACUGCACGCCCUGCUGGUCAGCGCCAGGACGAUGCUCUGCGAGAUCGAGACAACGAUCAACGCCUCCUAUCCCAACAGCAAUGGCGCCAAACUGACCAGGAUCAGUCGGGAGGUGAUGCAGGAGCGACUGAAGUUCCAUACGCCGGCCGAUGGUAGUGAGGCGGCGGAUGAGCGGGACCUGAAGGUCACCAAGGAGCUGUAUCUGCAGUAUUUGGAGAAUGUCUUCAAGACCCUGCACUCGGCGUUGAGCCGGAAGCACCAUAGACACCCAGCCAGGACAGCAGCAGGUGGAGCAGCAGGAGCUGCGGCAGUGGCAGGAACAGGAUCAGCAGGCUUGGAUUCUGGUAGCCUGCGAGGAGGUAGCUCGGAAAGCUUUGAAUUGCGAAGAGGUAGCAUUAGUUCCGGUUCGGAAUGUGCUUCCGGAGAGUGCUAAACAAGAAGAGGAGGAAGAAUACAAGCCCAGUAUUAUAGCCAGGUUAACAGACAACCAAGGCAACAAACAAACAAAACAAACAAACAAACAAAACAAAACAAGCUCCAAGCCAAGCCAAGCCAAAAAGAGGAUCGAUCCCCCAAACACACCCUACGAAGAAUUUGUCGAAUGCCAUUUGUUUUUAGACACUUAUGAUUAGUAUUUAUUUAUUUAUUGAGAGUACUUAAGAGUAUUUAGAAGUAUUAUGCAACAUGCCACAUACAACAUGCAACAUGCCACAUGCCACGUGCAACAUUCAGCAAUCAUCAUUCCAAAAAAAAAAGCAAACCAACCAACAACCCAUCCUACGACUAUUUAUUUUCCAUUUCCUUAAUUUUUUUUUUUAAAUUCCAUCCCCCCCUCUAUAUGUGUAAUAAUUUAUUUAUUUAUUCUAUAUUAUAUAUAUAAAAUAUUAUAUAUAUAUACUAUAUGUGUGUGUA